AUGGUAGAUAUUUGGACAUGGCUUAUAUCCUUCUUCUUUCUCAUCACUCUUGUCAUAAUCAUCAUCUAUCAGCUUGUUUGUUUAGCGGAUCUGGAGUUUGAUCACCUAAACCCUUACGACUCUGCAUCGAGGAUAAACUCAGUGGUUUUACCUGAAUUCAUUAUCCAAGGAGUUCUAUGUGUAUUCUUCCUCUUAACAAGACACUGGUUCAUGUCACUGUUAUCUCUCCCUUAUCUCUACUACAACUUCCAACUUUACUUGAAGCGACAACACUUGGUAGAUGUCACGGAGAUCUUCAAUUUACUUAGCUGGGAAAAGAAGAAACGGCUGUUUAAGCUUGCUUACAUAGUCCUUAACCUCCUUUUCACUAUCUUCUGGUUGAUUUACUCGGCGAUGGAUGAUUACGAGGACUGACUGAUGAAAAUGCGAUCCAGAUUCUUUGGUUUUUCAUCAGCGCUUAAAGAUACAGCGCCUUGAUGGGAGAAAAAUGAAAGAACAAAGUGUUUACUUGUGGUACAAGUUUGGUGUUGUUUGUAAGAUUAGUGGCAGAAAGAUUUGUGUUUUUUUUUCUUUCAUAAUAACAUUUUUUUCAGAUACUGAUAUCUAACAGAAAAAAUACAACUCAAACAAGUUUAAUGUUAGG